AUGGAUGACAAUGUUGUACCUUAACAAAUCAUCAAAUUGUUAUAAGAUAAAAGCUAGGAUAAGAAACAAUAAGGAUGCCAAUAAUUAAAAUCAUUAGUUGAAUCUUAUGCUUAAAGUGGAAAGGAAUUGCUAAUCAAAUAAAUAAUAGAGACUUUAAAAAUAAAACUUACCUCUUAAUCAUAAUUAUAAUAUAAAAGAUAAGGGAUGGUUGCAAUUUAAACUGUAGCUGAACUUCUAGUAAAAGAAUUUCCUCAAUUAGCCGAAAAAUGUGUUAAAGACCUAACUUAGCCUAUUUUAGAAUGCCUAAACGAUAAAGAGGAUAAGGCGAGAUAAUAUGCUGUUGAAUGUUUGCUUUAAUUAACAAAGAUUAUGAAAACUAUGAUCCUUCUAAAUUUUAAUGAAAUAUUCGAUUAUCAACUGGGAAGAUCAGCAGAAUAAGAAUCUUCAAUAGUUUAAGCCAUGUUCUUAUUGGAUUAAUUAUUAAAGUCUUAGGUGUAAACAGCAGUUCAAGAGAAAUUUUUAGAUCCGGGAAAACAAUAUUAUUUUAACUUAAACUCGUUUAUGAACUAGUUAUAAAACAAACUAAAGACUAGGGUAACAUACGUUCGAUAAUUCCUGCUUGGAUGGAUAAAAGUCUUAAACCAAUGUCAUAAUAAUGAUUUGUAUAUUUAUUUUCCCAUGAUACUGGAAGGCAUAUUCAUGAUGUUAGGAGAGUCAAAUAAGGAAGUUCGUAAUGGAGCUGACUUGCAAGCAAAUGAAUUCUUGAAAUAAGUAGAGAUCAAAGUAAAUCUAGAUUAAAGAGUUAACGAAUAAAUUAUAGAAAUUUUGCUUAAAAUUUGUUAAAUGAAAGGAAACCAAAAUAAUUAUGCCAAAUUAAAUUCUUUACUAUGGAUUUUUGAAUAUUUAAGAGUUUUUUAACAAGAAUUAGAGGAGGAAUAAAAAUGUAGGUUGGGAUUAUAACAUUCCCCAUCACAUGUUAAAUCAGAUGAAUAUUUGAGGAGCAAUACAUCUCCAAUUUCAAAAAAUUAAAUAUAAUAAUAUUUGGGAGGAUUUGAAUCGCCCUUACGAAAAACUAUAUUGAACAGUUUAAGCUAAAUUUUGGGUCCUAUCCUAAUAUUAUUAUCUCAUGAGGAGGAGGAAAUAAGGAAAGCAGCUUAGAAGACAAAUGAAUUGUUACUAAAGGUUAUGGAUAGAAUAAAAAAUUAAUCGGUAGAGUUUAUCAACAUUGUACCAACAAUAAAAGAGAUGUUAACUGAUAAAAAGAGCAAUACAGCUGAAUCAGCAUUAAUAUGGAUGAAACAUUUAUUAGAAAUGUAUUCUGAGUCUCUUUUUCCAACAAUAGAAGAUAUUUUAACAAAACUUAUUGACAAAUUGGCAGAUUCUGAAUCUGCUAUAGUAUAAAACAUUAUGGACGUAUUAGCAAAUAUAUCGAUGCACAGCCAAUAUUUUGAAAUGGUGAUCGACAAAAUUUUAAUUAUGCUUCAUAAAAAUCAAGAAUAAUCUGAAAAGAAAGGAGAUUAAAUAUUUAAGAAGCUAUGCUCACUUCUUAAUCCAUAGAAGGUUUAUUUCACAAUAACAGCGAAAUUAUUGGAAAUAUAUUCAGAAAAUGAUGUAAUUUUUAUCAGUAAUACUGUUCAAAUAUUAACCAACCUCUUAAUUUCUGAAAAAGAGCUACAAAAUCUACGAAAUAUUCUAAGGAAUUUAAAACAUGAAAAGGAUGACAAAAAAAAAUAACAGAAUUAAGAAAUCUUCGAAACGCUGUACAGGACAUUUUGCUAUAAUUCAAUGAGUGUGAUUACUCUAUGUUUAUUAUCUGAGGAAUAUGAGUUGGCUUAUAAAAUAAUUAUUAGUUUUUCAGAAGUGGAAGUUAAUGAAUGUAUUUUAUCAGAGAUAGCCUAAUUAAUUAAUGUUUUAGAAACGCCAGUAUUCAUUUUUUUAAGGUUACAAUUAUUAGAGUAUGAUUCUCAUCCAUUCUUAAUGAAAUGUUUGUUUGGCUUAAUGAUGCUAUUGCCAUAAGGAGUUGCUUUCAAUACCCUGAGGUAAAGACUUAAAAAUGUUUCAAAUACUUAAAUAUAAUCCUUGCAAUAGGACAAGAAAAUUGAAAUUGAAGAAUUUUUGGAUAUUUAGAGAUUGCUGUCAUUAUUUAGAGACAUUCGUUUCUAGUGCAUAAAUUAAGAAUCAAAAUAAAAAGAUUAACAUUGA